GACAUCUGUCUUCUCUAGUGUCUUGACGCAUGCAUUGACAUGCAAUUGAGUUGUAAUUUGACACAGCUUUCCAGUCAGGUAGACUGGAAUCAGGAGGUGUAAAGGUGUCUAAAUUACAGUAGUUUGUAUCUACGUUGAUUGAGCUGUAUUGUUUUGAAAAUGAUAAAAGCAAUAUUAAUUUUCAACAAUCAUGGAAAACCGAGACUGUCGAAAUUCUAUGAGCACUAUAGUGAAGAUACAGAACAGCAGAUCAUCAGAGAGACGUUUCACUUAGUAUCAAAACGAGAUGAGAAUGUCUGCAAUUUCCUGGAGGGGGGAAUCUUAAUAGGGGGCUCUGACAACAAGCUCAUCUAUAGGCACUAUGCCACUUUAUACUUUGUCUUCUGCGUGGAUUCAUCGGAAAGUGAACUUGGGAUACUCGAUUUAAUACAGGUUUUUGUGGAAACCCUGGACAAAUGCUUUGAGAAUGUCUGUGAGCUUGACUUGAUUUUCCAUGUUGAUAAGGUACACUACAUUCUGGGGGAGAUGGUGAUGGGAGGAAUGGUGCUAGAGACCAACAUGAAUGAGAUCAUCACACAGGUGGAUUCCCAGAACAAGAUGGAGAAGUCAGAGUAUCCGGCCACAGCCCAGGGAUUCAUCCCAACUUGGCUCCUGUUCAAAGCUGGCCAGCCUGAUGCUCAGAAAGUCUCUGUGCUGCUGGUAUUGCUGGAGCCCCUGCUCGUGCUGUAUCAGCAGUGAAGAACAUGAAUCUUCCUGAAAUGCCCAAGAACAUCAAUAUUGGAGACAUUAGCAUUAAAGUGCCAAAUCUGCCCUCUUUCAAAUAGCAAAACCUGAGAGACUGUGGCAUACAUGCGCUCCAAAGGAUGUUUACUAUGGUGUGUUUACCAAAAUGAAGCAAAUAUCAUAUUACAUCAAAGACAAUGAAGGUACUGAAUAAGUGUGUUGUUCUUUCAUGUAUAUUUUGAAUGUCACCUUCUGAUAUAACUUUUUUCAUGUGUUUGUUGUUGCAUUUAUCAGUUUGCCUCCUUCAAAACAUGACCUCCAGUGUUCCUUUAUAAAUAUGCCUUUGCCCUUAAGUAUUGGCUGCUACAGUAUUUAAAAAAUAAAUCAUAUUGUUCUGUUUCUUUGUACAACAGAUGACUCAAACAUGCGUAAAUACUGUAUAUAUCAAAUUAUGCUAUUUGCUUCAGUUGUAGUAUGUACUGAAGUAUUUUAAAUUAUCUUUUCAUAUAAAACUACAAGUGGACUUUGUUUUUAAUGUGUGACUGUAAGGGGCUUAUAUUUCCCCCCGCUCUGUAACACAAUAAAAUAUUUAAUCAUUGUAUGACUUGA